AUGCUGCAGCGGUGGACGAGCUUGACCAUGUCGAGGGUGCCGUUGGUGAACACGCACGGGAAGGCAGGCAGGGUGCACUCAGCACAUGUGGACGAGCAUCGCUCGUUCAGGCAAAAGUGUGCGCCCAAACAAAACACCCU